CAUAAGCCUGUCUCCAGUAAAGCUGUACCACCACCUUCAACAUUCCACUUUUUUGCCCACCUCUUGCUGCCAGGCUCUUGUGGGACUGCUGUGGGAAUGGGCCCCUUAAGAUGGUUCUGACCUAACCAGCUCAGGUACCCUGCAGCAGCUACAGGCUCUCCUCUCCCCCUCUACCUCCUGGCUGCAGCAGGGGCCCUCAGCAAGCAAGCUUUACCUUCGGGCAGUGAUUGGUUUACCUGUCUGUCCUGAACUGAUGAGGGAGCGUAUUCCUAAAACCAAAGAUGUGGGACACUUUUUAUCUGUCACUGGGACAGUCAUUCGUACCAGUAUGGUGAAGGUUCUGGAGUAUGAACGGGAUUACAUGUGUAACAAGUGCAAACACAUUUUUGUGGUCAAAGCUGACUUUGAGCAGCAUUAUACAUUCUGCCGUCCAUCAUCAUGCCCCAACAAAGAAGGCUGCAAUUCUUCUAAAUUCACUUGUCUGUCAGGCUCAUCUUCUUCUCCUACACGCUGUAGAGAUUAUCAAGAAAUAAAAAUUCAGGAACAGGUCCAAAGGCUAUCUGUGGGAAGUAUUCCACGAUCUAUGAAAGUUGUCCUAGAAGAUGACUUAGUAGACAGUUGUAAAUCUGGUGAGAAUUAAGGGGAAUUUCCUAUAUGCCCUUUUUGCAAAGAACUUUUCAUUUUCCAGAACCUUUGAAAUUAUUAACCCUUAUGUGGGGGUGGUGGAAAUCAGGGGUGGAGAUGGGAGAAGUGAAGUAAAGGCUUCAUAGGAUCGUAGAUUUAGAGCUGACUUUAGAGGCCAGUAACAAUAACGGUAGUAAUAAUAGCUAGCAUUUAUAUAGCACUUUAAGCUUUGCAAAUCACUUUACAAAUAUUUCUU